AAACUUCCGGUUCAUUAUAAAGUUUAGUUUACACAAACUAAACAGUGGGCCUACAGUUUACACCGACAACGGCGACAACGCACCGAGGAAAACGGAGCUUUAGAUUAGAAGCUGUAGUUCUAGAUCUAGAAUGCCAGUCCUGUGAGAGUGAUCUGGAGAACCAAACUAGGCAAGGUUUUUACUUCAAAAGGCAAUGAUGUCAGAAAUCAAAUUUAGCCAAGACCUUGGUGCUGAUUCAGGAAACGCACCUAAUGAUGGAAAAGAGACGAAAAUACAGAUAACAGAUGUUAUCUCUAUGAACGAUAUCCCUAAAGUUGAACCAAACGCUGAGUUCCAAUCUUUUCUGGAGCUUCGCAAUGCUAUUGAAAAGUAUCAAAAGGAGAACUCUGUGCAGCUCAUUGUGAAGGACUCAAAGCUACUGGAAGCAGAAAGUACACGCAAGGUUAUUCCCAAGGUAUAUCAUUUGGUGAACCAGAAACUCAUGUACCACUCCAUCACAUACUGUUGCAAGUGUCACGGAGAGCUUAAGCAGAAACCAGGUACUCGAGUGAGGAAUGUUGGGGCCAAGAGAUUGAACUGCCCGAUGUAUAUCCGCUUCAAGCUGACCCCUGACCUCCAGAGACUAGUGAUCUUUGACAUGGAUGAGACACACAACCAUGGCAUUGACCCAAACACGUGCCAGAUGCCCCCUCGCCAACAAGUUUAUAGACUCUCUCGAAUGAGGAAGGGUCAGCUGACGGGAGUGGGCAAAGACAACAUCGGGUCAUUGAUAGCCUCUGCCAUUAGAGACGUGACAUCAGUCCCUGAUACAGAGUACCAACCAGCAGCAAAACAGGCACGAAUCAAGGAGGAAGCGGCUGGUACCGCACAGAAUGAUGGCCACACAGAAACAAACCCCAGCAGUUUCGACCGACUCGCUGACCCUCACGCAGAGGCUCUAGCCGACGACCCAGAGUCGCCACUCGACUCGGAGUCUAGCUGUUCAGACAGUGAUGACGAAGAGUUGCAAUCACAGCGCCAGCUGCUGCCUUUCCCGAUACGCCUUAUUGGCUCAGCUAUUCAGAGCUCUCCUGAGCUGAUCGAAGCGAGUAAACAGCUGAUCGAGUUGCAAAAAUCUAAGCUGAUGCUGGAGAAACAGAAGCUGCAGUUGCAGACAAGGAAUCUGGAACUUGAAAAUUCAAAAUUGGAACUGGAAGUGAAAAUGAUGGAGAAAAACCUUGCGUCUGAAAUAGCAGCAACGUCGGGGGGCAGACAAGACACAACGAUAUAUCUUCAGGCAUCGUGAUAGUUUCUAUAAAUGUUUUGACUUCUGUACAUAUGACGUUCUUUCUACUGGAACUCCUGUCUGCGAGUAUGUGGAUAAAUUUAGAACUUGUGACUUGUUCAUACAAUUUGAUUUAGUUUUACAUGGGAGUCUGUGACUCUUGUCAAAUAAUUAAAGAAUUUGAAUUAUCACU